UGUUUGACAGGGGGAGAAGUGAGAGAGCGCUAAAGACAGAGGAGUGAAACAGACAGCCGCUGGCUGUGUGGGAGUCCGUGGCUGGGUUGCGUGGGUCUCGGAUGGGAUUACGGCGGCUAUUCCGCGUCUCCCGUCGGUGCUGCUGCUGGAGGAAACAUGCGGCUGCAGAGCUCCCCGAUCCCCCCGUUCCUCCCCCCGCUGUUGCUGCUGGUGGUGGUAGCGCUAUGUAGCGGGACAAGUUUCCCGAGUAACAUCAACAUAGGAGGCCUUUUCCCCACCGGCUCCCAUGAGUACGAGGUGUUUCGUUUCGCCCUGGCGCAGCAUCAGGACAUCCCCAAACUGGUGCCGCAGGUGGACAUGGUGGACACUGGGAGCAGCUUCGCCAUGACCUAUGCCUUCUGCUCCCAGUUCUCGAAGGGCGUGUACGCCAUCAUGGGCCUGUACGACCGGCGGACGGUGAACAUGCUGAUGUCCUUCUGUGGGUCUCUGCACGUGUGCUUCGUCACGCCGUCGUUCCCCGUCCACACCAACAACCAGUUCGUGCUGCAGCUGCGGCCGCAGCUGCAGGAGCCCCUCAUGGCCCUUCUGGAGCACUUCUACUGGACCCGGUUCGCCUACAUGUACAGCUCCGACUCAGGUCUGACGGUUCUCCAGAGGAUCCUGGACACGGCAGCGGAGCGGAGCUGGUACGUCACCUCCGUGAACCUGGACAGCCUGACAGAGGCGGCCUUCGUCAAGCUGCUGGCAGACCUCGACUACAAGAAAGACUUCCAGAUCAUCAUCGACUGCGAGCUGGAACGUCUGAACUUCAUCCUCAACCUGAUUGCUGCUCAGAAGAGAAACUUGAAGAACUACCACUACAUCCUGGCCAAUCUGGGCUUCAUGGACCUGAAUGUCACAGAGUUUCAGAAGCUGGGACCGAACGUGACAGGCUUCCAGCUGGUGAACCGGUCUGAGCCAGCUGUGGAGAAGAUCAACCAGGACUGGAUGGACUUUGACAGCAAAGACCUCAAACUGGCCCGCAAGAGGCUCAAGUACACAGGAGCUCUGACCUACGACGGCGUCAACGUCAUGGCGACAGCUUUCCAGAACCUGCGACAGCAGCGCAUUGACAUCUCUCGCCGUGGCAACGCAGGGGAGUGUCUGGCCAACCCUCCCGCCCCCUGGGGACAAGGCAUCGACAUACAGAGAGCCCUGCAGCAGGUGCGUCUGGAGGGGCUGACGGGCCACGUCCAAUUUGAUGAGCGAGGACAUCGCACCAACUACACUCUGACUGUGAUGGAGCUCAGCCACAUCGGCCCCAGGAAGAUCGGCUUCUGGAACGAGAAGAGAGGCUACGUGAACACGGCCGUCUACAAGCCGGUGCAGGAGGAGUUCUUCGGUCUGCAGAAUAGAACCUACGUCAUCACCACCAUCCUGGAAGCUCCUUACAUGAUGCUGAAGAAGAACCACGAGCAGUUUGUGGGAAACGAGAGGUACGAAGGUUACUGCGCUGAAUUGGCCGCCGAGAUCGCCAAACACGUGGGCUUCGUGUACCGCCUGGAACUGGUGGGCGACGGCAAGUACGGCUCCAGAGAGGCCGAAACCAAGAUGUGGAACGGCAUGGUGGGAGAACUGGUGUACGGGAAGGCCGACAUGGCGGUUGCCCCGCUCACCAUCACUCUGGUGCGGGAGCAGGUGAUCGACUUCACCAAACCCUUCAUGUCCCUGGGAAUCUCUAUCAUGAUCAAGAAACCCACCAAGUCCAAGCCGGGCGUCUUCUCCUUCCUCGACCCGCUGGCCUACGAGAUCUGGAUGUGCAUUGUUUUCGCUUACAUCGGCGUCAGCGUGGUGCUCUUCCUGGUGAGUCGUUUCAGUCCCUAUGAGUGGCAGACUGAGGACUCGGAUGAUGAAGAUGAAACUAUGCCACCCUCUGCCUCGCGACGAGCUCCGCCAUCUUCAUCCUGCGAACCUCCUCAUACUGCAGGGUUCUCUCAGUCUCAGAACCAGAACCAGCAGAAAGACAAGGAGACUCCAGAACCCAGCAAUGACUUUGGGAUCUUUAAUUCUCUCUGGUUCUCGCUGGGGGCCUUCAUGCAGCAGGGCUGUGACAUCUCUCCCAGGUCUCUCUCCGGUCGAAUUGUUGGUGGAGUUUGGUGGUUUUUCACCCUCAUCAUCAUCUCCUCCUACACGGCCAACCUGGCAGCCUUCCUCACGGUGGAGAGGAUGGUCUCCCCCAUCGAGAGCGCUGAAGAUCUGGCCAAGCAGACAGAGAUCGCCUACGGGACGCUGGAUGGAGGCUCCACCAAAGAGUUCUUCAGACGCUCAAAGAUUGCCGUGUUUGAGAAGAUGUGGUCGUACAUGCGCAGUGCCGAUCCAUCAGUGUUUGUAAAGAGCACCAGCGAGGGAGUGGUGCGAGUCAGAAAGUCGAAGGGGAAGUACGCCUACCUGCUGGAGUCCUCCAUGAAUGAGUACAUCGAGCAGAGGAAGCCCUGUGACACCAUGAAAGUAGGCGGGAACCUGGACUCUAAAGGCUACGGUGUGGCCACACCCAAAGGAUCGCCCCUCAGAAUCCCUGUAAACCUAGCAGUACUGAAGCUCAAUGAACAAGCCGUCUUAGACAAGUUGAAAAACAAGUGGUGGUAUGACAAGGGGGAGUGUGGACACAAGGACUCCGGCAGAAAGGACAAGACGAGCGCGCUCAGUCUGAGCAACGUGGCGGGAGUCUUCUACAUUCUGAUUGGUGGGCUGGGGCUGGCUAUGCUGGUGGCUCUGGUUGAGUUCUGCUACAAGUCUCGAAUCGAGUCGAAGAGGAUGAAGGAGCUCAUCGAUGCGGCCAUGAUGAGCACCAGCCUCGGCGGGAUGGCGGUCGGGGGAGGAGUCGUCAUGGCAGGCGGUUUGGGCGGAAGGCCGCCCGGACUCGGACUCGGAGGCGAGAACGGCCGCGUUGUGGCGCAUGAUUUCCCAAAAGCCGGAGCUCAGGGUUUACCUUGCAUGAGCAAGACGCCCGGUCUGGGACUGUCCUCCACCGGCAUGUGACCCCCACUAAAACUGCCAAUUGGACAGAACGCUGGGGUCUGUUCACCUGUCUGUUGGUGAGGAAAGGGGGAUGAUAAAAUGGAGGGAAGAUGAUGGAGAAAUAUUCAUCAGGCAGGAAGAUGAGGGAUGCUCCUGAAUCCUGAGCAGCUGAACUCAAGAACAAAAACUGGAACUACUUUUCUAUGAGCAGUCUGAACCCGAAACAGCUGCAGCAACAGCACCUGAGGGCAGAGGAUUUUUAAGCCUCUUCAUGACUGAACGAAUGCACCGUCUCUUCACUUUUUUCUUCCUCGUGGAUCAGUUCAAACACUGAGUUUCAUCACUUUGCACUUAAGGCCUCUUCCACGGGGGGCUGAGACGCUGGAGCAUGUGAACUUCUGACCUCUACACUCGUGUUGGUGACAAAAGCCUGGAGACAUGAUUGCCAUUCAGCUCAGAGCCACCUCCAGAUGUCACGGGCUAAACCGAUGUGAGCAAAUGUUACAAGUGUGUGCAUGUGUAAUCAUCGUUUACUGAAAGCGGCACAUUAAACCGGGUUCUUCUGCAUCUGAGAAGCAGCAGAAGUGCAGACAGGACCACGGACCUUCAACCGCUCACAACAACGGGUCACAUAACACAGAUACUCCUUCAGGUCUUCUUGUCUGAACAUCACAGAGAGAGAUGACGUUCAGAGUUUCACACACAGGGUCAACAACGGCCAGCUGAAACUACAAGUGUGGACAAAUGAGUUGGUUCCAUCCUUUAAAGGAGACAAAACAACAAUGUUCCCUGAAAUAAAUGAUAAUUUACUGAAUAAUGAAAAUCAGACAGCAUUUUUGAAUUGUGAUCCAAUAGAAUCAGUUCAAACACUAACUAAAAUACUGUUUCCAUGGUGACGUUUUAAGCUAAAGUGUGCUCUAAAGAGCAUUUCAAGGGUUAAAAAUGUCCCUCUGCUGUCUGGUAUCAUGGUGUCCACCACACUGAACAUGAACCAGAGACACCAAAGGAGACAGUUGUCUGAAGACACCAGGAAGGGCUUUCUAGACCAGCAUGUUGGAAGCUAGAAGACCGUCUCCAAGCAGCUGGAUGUUCCCAUGACAACAGUUGGACAUUUCAUUCAGACUAUUAGGCUCCACAGGACUGUAGACAACUUCCCUGGACGUGGACACAAGAGGACAACUGAUGACAACCCGAAGAGACGGAUAAUACGAACAGAAACCAACGACACCAGAAGAACACCCAAAGAGAUUCAGGGUGACCUCCAAGGUCCUUGUCCAUUAGCGUCAGAUCUUACCAUCCAUCUCUGUUGGAACCAGAGUGGACCACCGAGGAGGACGUGAUCGACUGUAAAGGUUCUGAAAUUAAACAUGAAGUUCAAGGUCCAUCAUUGUUGUCCGGAACAGUUUCAUAAGUUUGUUUUUUAAUAAUCCUGUUGAACCACAAUUAAAAAAUGUUUGAUUCUUAUUAGUAAAGAUCAGUAAAUUAUUCUUAGUUAUUCUUGUCAGUUUGAACUCUAUUUGGUGAUUGUUGUGGUUUUUUCUUCUCUAACAAAAGCAUAUCGGCUUAUUUGUCUUCAUCUGUCAAAAACAAGAUGAUGAUAUAAGAAUUUAGUUGUAAUAUGAGAAAAAAAAGGUAAAGAUUAAUGAGAAGAAAGCUCUGAUGGGAGAAUAAAUAUAUAAUUUUACAAUAGAUAGAAGUAUAAAACAAAACAAAGCUGACUUAAGACAGAAGUAGUUUUAUGAGAAAACAGUGAUUUUUUUUGGUCUGGUCUUGUAGCCUGCGUGCCCUAGGGCAGGACACUGAACAAAGCCAUGAUGAUGUCACACCUGGAUUAAAAGGGAAGGUGAAGUUCAGCCUAAGAGGCUUUAAAAAGUAUAUCAGUUUCACGUUACAAGUUGAAAAGCACAUUUGAUUAAACAUCACUCUUUAAUAUGUAUAAUUCCCAGAUUUGCAGCAUUGUAAAUGAUUCUCACGGGAUCUUGGAACCUUUGGCUUCAUUAAGGCCCUGACACACCAAGCCGAUUGUCGGCCGUCGGGCCGUCGAUGAGCGUCGGUGCGCGUCUGUCGGCCUAGUUUUCCCGGUGUGUCCCGCACGUCGCCACAGGUCGGCAGCCAUUCGGCAGCUUUUCAGCCGAUUUGACAUGUCGAAUCGGCGUCGGCGGUCGGUCAAACAGCUCACUCUGUGAUUGGCUGUUCCCAGAAUUUCCCAGAAUGCUUUUCGUUUGCGGACUGAAUCAAAAAAAAAACAUGGCGGACAUUUCUUAUUUUUUAGUGAAUAAAAUCAAUACUUUGAGUACUAAAAAUGCAUUUUGAUUACAUUUCUAGCGAGAAAUAUAUAUUUUACUUUCAUAAUAUUCACUCAGUGAAUGUAUAUAAUCACUCGCUUGCCCGUAUUUGCGAAGUCUUUUUCAAACCUUGCCAGAAUAAAGGCUGAUUUAUGGUUCUGCGUUACACCAACGCAGAGCCUACGGCGUAGGUUACGCGGCGACGCGCGCCGUACGCCGUACCCUACGCCGUAGGUUCUGCGUCGAUUUAACGCGGAACCAUAAAUCAGCUCCCGAGCCGGCAGCCAGGCAGAAAUCCCGAAAUUUUCGGAGCAAAUUUCUUAACAGGCGUAGCUACAACUGUUAGAUUUCAUCUAUUAAACCAACAUUUAUCUUCCUAAAUGAUUUAUUUCAGCCAGCGGUAAUUCUCCACAGAGCUGCAGGUGGUUGUGCCGUCUGGUCGCCGCUGUUUUGUAUUGCACUUGUGUUUUCUCAAUAAAGCUUUGAAAAAAAAAAAAAGUGCUGUCCUCCUCCUUGAGCCCCUGAAUACAGACUACCGCUGCCUCUGGUAUGGAGGGGAAUUACCUCUCACGCAUGCGCAGAACAUACGUGCUAGUUCGCCGUUGGGUGUCGUCUUCGCGGUGUGUCUAGUGCUUCUUUUUGAGCCCGACCCAGCCCGACACAGGCGAUGCGAGGCGACACAGCAGUCGGCCGACAGCGGGCAACGUCGGGUUGGUGUGUCCUGGGCUUUAGUAAUUUCACGCUCGGCGGUGUGGGCGGGGCUAAUGGCCCAUCAACACAGACACAGCUCUUGAUGCCAGGCGGUGGAACAGAGGGAGAGCUAACCAACCUGGCGAGGCGGAACGCGGCCAGAGCCAACUGAAGGACUGAACGGUGCUACAGACACAAAGGGAGCAAAAGUACCGCCGUCAAAUAUAUCGGCUUGACCGCUGACUUUUAUGAAAUUGAUUUAUUUCAUUUACUAUAAAAAUGUUAUCUGCAGACUCACAUUAAUGUUGAAUUAAAAAUCACAACUGCAGCCCGUGUUUUCUUUUACUCAGGAUGUCCUCUUUGGCCUCUGUGUCUUUUAUUCUUUGGUCGCAGCAAAAGUGCUGAUUUUAAUCUUAAAUCAGAGUAAAGUUUCUCACUGAAAUCAUCUGCAGCUCUUCUGAUCAAACUAAAAUGAUGACGAAGCUUGUUGCCUGGACGGUGUUUUGGAUUUCCUGUGCACACACACACACACACACACAACGCUGCAGCACAGCAGCAGAACUUUUCUAUCUGGAAUAAAAUGCUCAUACGUGUUUGAUAUGAAUAAUUGUGCUGAGCUCCGCCUGUUUGUCUGCAUAAUGUUUUUUUUAAAUCUGUUUAUUAUCUUUAGAUUUUGUC